AUGAUGUUCGCUACUCUCCCCAUGCAGCAACAACCAGGGUCAUCACCACCACCACCUCAACAUCACCAACACCAGCAAUACACACCCACCCGACCAUCCCCCCUCUCACCACGCCGCCACACAAACACCCCAACGCCCAAUAUCUUCGCCUCCAACAACACCCAAUUCAACCUCCCCUCCAGCCCCUUCACGCUCCCAACACCCACCAAACUCCCCUCCAUAUCGGCAUCAGCACCACCAUCCCCAACCCCGUCACAGCAACAACAACAACAACAAUCACACCAAUUCUCAAGAAGACAGAGAAACAUCCAGUCCUCCCCCAACUAUGCCCACCGCUACGCCAACACGAUCUCCAACCCCAUGAACAAGCACUUAAAAUCAAGUGCGUCUCCCUCGGCACGCCGGAAUCUGUUUCUGAAUCGCGUGAAGCGGGAUCGGGAUGACGGGCGGUUCGGAGAUCGCGGCGAGCAGUUGGUGCUUAUGGAGCAUGUGGCGGAGGAGAAGAGGUGGGGGGAGGUGAUGAGGAGGAGGGCGGAGGAGAUGAUGGGUGUCGUUGAGGAGGAGGGAGAAGAGGAUUAUAUGAAUGGAUUUGAUGAUGUAGACGCACAUGCUCUGGACGAGUACUUGCAAGAACAGGCGGCUGAGAUGGAGCGGUUGGAGUAUUUGAAUCAGCAGCAGCAGCAGCAGCAGUAUCACCAAGGAGGGUUUGAUUCAGGUGGUAGAGGUAAUGGUGGGAUGAAUACCUCGUUCAGCGACGAAGAAGAAUACGACGAUCUGUUCAUGGAUCUAGCGGGGCAUGAUGGACAUAACGAUAUCCCUGGAUCAAGUGGGGAGUUCGCUCAUAGUCAGGAUAUGGAUAUGUCGUGA